GGGAUUUUUUUUUUAAAUUUACGUCGAUCUUUUUCUUUUUUAUUAUUGUACUACGCUCUACAGUAGAGUGAUUGACAGAAUGUAUGUCAAAGACGAUCUCUCUCAAAUCGACAUGGACAACGCAGGCAACCGGCAUCUUGGAACUCAUCGUGGGGCCAGCCAGGCUCAUGGCAGCAUGGGAAGUGCAUGUCGACGACGACAAUCUCUGUAUUGGCUUCAUGCGUCUCGCUUGGGGAUUCCAGCAAGGUGUGCCCUGCAAAGCCACACUAGUGCAAGUACACCAACCUACCUACAUACCUAUACGUAUACAACCUGCAUACACUUCAGUACCUUUCUACUGUAUGUAUCCACCUACGGUUCGUAGUGCCUGGCAUGUCUCAGCGCCGCGGUGGCCUACAUGCUGAGGCGACGCCAAGUCCAACAAAGCCGAAGACUGUUUCUUGGGCCACGGUUAUUGCGAACAUGGCAGCCAGCCAUCUACAUGGUAUGGCGUAGUGGUGCAAGAUGUAGCUGGUGAUGUCGGAACUCUGGGGGGCGUGGAGCAAGCAUGUGCGAUCGAGUUUGGCCCAGAAGACAUCCGACCUCUAUCAGCAAACGAGAUGGUGUGGACGAUAGACAGAUCGCACACCCCACGAGUCGUUCGUUGCCGCUGUGACCAUCACAACGUUUCGCAAGUUCUUUCGACUGGUCAUAAGCCACUGGUAACCAUACGACCCCAACUCCAUUGGACACUCAGCCAACUGCCGAGGUUGCCAUGGGCAGUAGGUUCCACAUCGGUGACGGUGCCGAGACUCCCCAUGGACGGACGGACAGUUGACGCAACUCGUGUACCAGCUGCGCCGACGACUUUGCA